AUGUUCUCCCAGGAACUGUGGCUGGACAGUGAGAAAAAGUGUGCUGUGGUCCGGAAGCCCAAGCAGGGCAGGAAACGGCAGGAGCUGCUGGCCGUGGCCUUGGGGGUGAAGGUGGGAGUCAAAGGCGGCUUUCUGUGGCCCCCUCUCAAACUCUUUGCCUGUCCACAGAUCUCCUCCCUGGUCAGGAGGGCCGUCCUCACGCACAACGACAACCACUUCAACUAUGAGAAGACGCACAACUUCAAGGUCCACACUUUUCGAGGCCCCCACUGGUGUGAAUACUGUGCCAAUUUCAUGUGGGGGCUCAUCGCCCAAGGGGUCCGGUGCUCAGACUGUGGGUUGAACGUACACAAACAGUGUUCCAAGCACGUUCCCAACGACUGUCAGCCUGAUCUCAAGAGAAUCAAGAAGGUGUACUGCUGUGACCUCACGACCCUGGUGAAGGCUCACAACACCCAGAGGCCCAUGGUGGUGGACAUAUGCAUCCGGGAGAUCGAGGCCAGAGGAUUAAAGUCUGAAGGCCUCUACAGAGUCUCCGGGUUCACGGAGCACAUCGAAGACGUCAAAAUGGCAUUUGAUAGAGAUGGUGAGAAAGUAGACAUAUCUGCCAACAUCUAUCCAGACAUAAACAUCAUCACCGGAGCCCUUAAACUGUAUUUCAGAGACUUACCCAUUCCUGUCAUCACCUACGACACCUAUUCCAAGUUUAUAGAAGCAGCAAAAAUCGCCAACGCGGACGAGAGGCUGGAAGCAGUCCACGAGGUGCUGAUGAUGCUGCCUCCCGCCCACUACGAGACCCUCCGGUACCUGAUGAUCCACCUCAAGAAGGUGACUAUGAAUGAAAAGGACAAUUUCAUGAACGCUGAGAAUCUGGGGAUCGUCUUCGGGCCCACCCUGAUGAGGCCCCCUGAGGACAGCAUGCUCACCACCCUCCACGACAUGCGGUACCAAAAGCUAAUUGUGCAGAUUUUAAUAGAAAAUGAAGAUGUGUUGUUUUAAUCCACAAGGGAAAUGAGCUGAAUGGCUGCAGCCCCAUGGAAGUUCCAAAGGCUAAAGGAAUAAAAACUUUUCUUACACUUGAUUUGUUUUCCAAACCAGCGACAGAAUUUCCUGGACCGCAGGUGCAUGGCCAAGUCGGCUACUGUGUCGCACAGACGCUCGCUUCCUUCACGUGAGAGCCGCGAGGGCGAGGGUCAGAAAAGGCCCUCCCCUGGGGUCUCUGCCGUGCCUCGUGUGUACGUCUGUUUGGCUGAAAGAGUGAUUAAAAAAAUCUUUCUUUAACUUAUUAAAAACCAAUGUAGACCUUUAAACUUCAGUCUUAUCCGUGAUAAAAGGGAAUUCCAUUCAUAGAGGUACUUGAUACAGUUAUACAUUUUCCACUUACAAAAAAGAAGACAAUUCUAUAUGUUAAAUGUUAAAGGAAACUUAUAUUGUAAGAUGUAUUUUUAUUUGAGCUGCAAGAAUGUUACUUUAUUUUAGCAAAUAGAACUCAAUGCAGUGCAUUGAUUAUUCCCCUGUGUACCUUGUCCUGCCUUCUUGCUGUGAUUGCUGGAACAGUUUACCAUGAAUGCAGUAUUAUCUUGACAUACCUCUGUCCUUCUCAGAGCUUCCCUAUGAAAUUUCACCUGCCACCUGGGUCCCGCCCUGCUUUUGACCGUUUCUGCUGUUAAGCAUUGGCCUUUUGCUAUCGUAUGGUAUAUGUUUAUAGCAAUUGUAGAGUGGUCUGAGACAUCUACACACUUUCUUCCCAUAAACAUUUGGUAAAGUCCCAAAGCCUGUUUGGAAUUGGUCACAGUCUUUCUGUAUCACGUGUGCACAUCCCAGAACAUGCAGAGCGUGGUCACUUUCCAUCAAAUUUGGGAACACCAGGUGUACCUGUACCUGGGCUGUAUACAAAGUUAGCGUUUUUUCUCUUUUCUUUCCAGGCAAGCACUCUGACUUCAUCUGCUAACACCAAAUUGUAGUUUUGCCACAUUUCUGUAUUGAUGAGAAGCAAAUCUGCAGAAUAAUUGGCUUUUUUUCAUUUUUGUUUUAUAAACAAGCCUAUUUUUUAAAAGUAAGAAUGAACAAGUUUGGUUUUGAUGAAUAUUUGUUCCUCUUUGAUAAAAGUAGCCCUGUAUGGAUAAUAAUUUAAUAUGAUUUUAUUACCACAGUCCUGACUGGUUCUAUUUAUCUUAGCAUGAGCUUUUCACACCGAGAUUUCUAUAUUUUGUAACAUAGGUAAAAUAUUUAAAACAUCAAAAACUGUAAAUCUAGAUUUUUUUUUUUUCUCCAGUCCACCUGCAAUGUCUUUUCCUCUGAUUGUCUGAGAUGAUUUAUAUGAUUACUCACUAGUCUUGUUUUGGAGCAACCAGAAGAAAAUUACUGUGAUAAGGGAGCUGGAAGGAGUAGACAGUGCAGUUGUCCCGGGAAGUCCCAAGGGCUCCGCUGAUGGACUUUAUUGGCUGGUGGGGGUCAAGCACUUGUGCUUGGGCCCUGCUCUCCUGGUUCCUCCCAGCUGUACAGGUUGGUUCGCUGUAGCUUAUGUCCUUCUUGAUACUGUCAAAAAUUAUCCGGAAAUGGUUUUAUUUUGUGAAGUGAGCAAUACUUUGUAAUUUAUGAUGGUGUAAAUGGAAGGAAAGGCAUUAAAUGUAUGAAAUUCUCUGUCUAUCA